GGCCAAUUGUCGGCCAAUCCGCGCGACGAGCACGAUGUAUAAGAGGUUGAGGACGGACCCAAAGUCAGCGGGCUCACGGUCGUUCUUUGCAUUUCGGGCACGUACGUAUCGUUCAAGCCUACGGAAUGUUGCGCAACCUCGGGGUCCUUCUCUCCGCGGCGACGGCCGUAUCUGCACAGCUGUACUGGAAUUCAACCCAAUUCCUGUUCACACUUGGCGAUUCAUAUACCACAGAUGGUUUCAACAUCUCCGCGGGCGUGAACUCCCCCAACCCAGGUUACACCUCGUCUAACGGCCCUAACUGGGUUGAAUACCUCGGCGGGACGUAUAAUGUGACCAAUACCAAGGUCUUUAACUUAGCAUCCGGAGGCGCGACGAUUGACGCUGCGCUCGUUGCGCCGUAUCUGCCGACUGUCCUGUCAAUUGUGGAUCAAGUUUCACAGUUCGAGGAAUACCUCGCACCAAAGCCAUAUGGCGCCCAAUGGGAUAGUUCGAACAGUCUCUUUGCCAUUUGGAUCGGUAUCAACGAUGUGGGCAACUCAUAUGCUUGGACGAACGUCACUUCGCAGCCGGCCUUCCAUACGAUAUUGAUGGACAGGUUGUUCAGCCAGGUUGAAAUUCUGUACGGUGCCGGAGCCCGGAACUUCCUGUUCCUGACAGUUCCUCCCACCAACCGCGCACCACUGCUCAUCGAAGCGGGCCCUACGGCCGUCGCUCAGAUCACUGGCGCGCUUGCCGACUACAAUGACCAGCUCAUCGAGUACGCAGAGCUGUUCGAGGCGAACCACACCGGGACGAGCGUGCGCAUCUUCGACUCGCGCCCGGUGUUCAACACCCUGCUGGACAACUACCCCACCUUCGGGUACGUCAACAUCACUGGUUACUGCGAGGCGUACGAGAACGGCACGCCUACCAUGACGACCCAAGACGCGCCCUGCGAGCCGGUGGCGAGCUACUUCUGGCUCAACACACUGCACCCGCUGUACACCAUCCACAACAUUUUGGCGCACGCCAUUGCGACGGCGCUCCAGCUUUAGGCACGGGUCCUGGAUCGCAAUACACCGCUGGCGCCGGGGAAGGUCUUUAGGUUAGACUCGGAUCGAACAGGCGUACUGCACGUGUAGAUUUCGUAGUCUUGGGACAUAUCAGAUAC